AUGAGCGUAAGCGAGCUGGACGGAGUAGCUAAGCCAUCUAUAAGCGGGCCAUUUUACGAGACGACAAGUGCGCGCGAGGAGGAGCCGCGGGGCGGAGGAGAAGAAGACGGCACAAACCCCACUCUCCACGCAAAGCGGGUGUGGAUGAACGAAAUGCAGCAGAGGCGUUUGAACGGCGAGUAUGAAACGUUUGGUCGGCGACUAGAGGAGAUAGUGGCAGAUAGCAGAGAUUCCCCGGCCAGAUUAUCAGCAGUACGGGUGAAUGGCUCGACGCUGCGUUCUAGCUUCCUCGCUGCGGUAUUCCGCCCGUAUCUCAACGACGCGGGUGCAGAUGGCGUGCACAACUCCACUCUCGCAGACGUCCUGCGCAAGAGCCGUGAUGUGCACCACACCCUCACCGCCUUCGACCAUUUCGCAGGAAUUGAGAUGGCUCUCGAACCGGCGCAGAGCGUGCUCGCGCAGCAUGGUGAUGUAGAUCUAGCAAUGGGGGUGCGCGAGCGUGGCAAAUUGUGGGCUAAAUCGAGCACAGAUGUGGGCAGUGGAGAAGGAAGUGCGAAUGUUAGCGUACGCGUGCGUAACCUCUUGGGUGGCCUGGAGAAUUUAGAAGGACAGGCUAGCUGGGGGACACGGACGACAUCUGCUUUCCACCUCGCUUAUACCUCCCCAGUGCCCGAGUUCAUUUGCACACCCUCCCCCAACACGCAGCUCAAUGCACAGGUUUUCCAGGCUGAACGGGAUCAUUCAGCGUAUGCGGGUGUUAAGGAGGGCACAGUGGGAGCACGAUGUGGAUGGAGUUCCACUCAGAAACACGGUUCUCAUCAUGUCUCGUAUGAGGCGGCGUGGAGAUCUUUGCACUCCUUACACCCACUCGCCUCACUCAGCCUGCGCGAUGCAGCGGGCUCCUCGGUGAAAUCUGCUGUCGCACACACAUUCACUCACGACAGCCGCGAUGAUAUACACAUGUCGACGCGAGGUGCUUACGUGAAUUCCCUCGUCGAGUACGCGGGAUUGGGCGGUAGUGUGAGUUUCCUCAAGGGGCAGCUGCAGAUGUAUGUAGCGAGACCGAUCGAUAGCGCGUUAAACAACUUUCUCGCUUUGUCAUUCCGCGCCGGUGGCCUUCUGCCGAUGGGAGGGGAUGGGAGUGUGAGCGAUGAAAACACCCACGCCAAGUUGUUCAGCGACCGAUUCAGACUCGGUGGACCAACGUCAGUGCGUAUGUUCGGACAUAACAGGAUGGGGCCAAGGGAUGGAGAGGACCAUCUAGGAGGCGAUGUCUUCUACAGCGGGGGAGUUUCGGUAAUAACACCGUUCCCUACGAAACCACAGUGGAAUUUGAAGUGCCAAGGGUUUGUGAAUGCAGGGCAGCUGGUGUCGCUGAAGAAUGUGGAUCUGUGGGGUGCGCUGUUGAAGCCAUCGAUGAGUGUGGGAGUUGGGCUGGUGUAUCGGUUCACGCCAAUCAGAGUGGAGUUGAACCUGGGUGUACCAGUGAUAGCAGCCACCACGGAUGUAAGCACGACGCGACCAAUACAGCUGGGGGUGGGGAUGGAGUAUUUGUAA